AUGCAGUUUCACGUUUGUUGUCCACUGCUCUCCGCCAACUGUAGCGCCAAAUACACUUUCUUUGUCAAACUCUCCACACCCAUUCCAACCACUGCCACUACAGAGGAAGGCGGGGCUGGCAAUCGCUUCACACCUCCCCUCUCUCUCUCUCUCUCUUUCUCUGUCUCUCUCUCCCUCUCUCGUCGUUUCGCUCUUGUUGCUGCUGUUAUUAUUAUUCUUAUUUACUCUUUCCCCAUAUCUUUCUCUUUUUCUCCAUUCGUAAUCGCUUUAUUUCGAUCUUUCCCCGGCAGCUUUCUUUUCAUUUUUUUUCUGAAUUUUAUUUGUAUUACCUCUUCCGAAUUUUCUUCCCCACUUUUACUUCAAGUUUCUUUUUCCUUUUUCAUUUUAUCUAAUUUCUCCUCUUUUUUGUCUCCUAAGGUUGAACUUAUCUCUUGCAUUCCUCUUUUGAUUUGUUCACUUUGCUCGUUUUCAUAUAUUCUCUCACUGCUUUCUUUUCGUUUUCUCUCUUUUUUCAUUUCCGCUUUUUCUUCUAUUUUCGUUACUUGUGUUUUCUUUCGUUUUUUUUUCUUCUUUUCUUUCGUUUUAUCUAUCAAUUCUUCCUUUUGUUUCCUUUCCGUUUUUUACGGCGGCCCGGCCGAGGCGAACGACACACGUCCAGCGACGACGAACGAAGGUGAAGACCGGCAGCCUGAUCGCGCUACUGGUGGCUGCCUUCGGCGGCGGCGGCGCGCGCUACCUACCGGGCUCGUUGGCCGUCUCGCUGCCUGCCGUAGGGAACCGGCUCCUACCAUCAUCCACAUCAUCCUCAUCAGUAGUCCCUUCAUACCAGCCAUUUUCUUUUUUUCUUCUGGACUCCUCUCUUUCCUCUUCUCAUCAUUUCUCAGCUCUGCUGAAAAUCAAUUCAUUAUCUAUCUAUGUAUCUAUCUACUCAGAUUGUUCAUUAUCUAUCUAUCUAUCUAUCUAUCUAUCUAUCUAUCUAUCUAUCUAUCUAUCUAUCUAUCCAUUUUCUUCAUUAUCUAUCUAUCUAUCUAUCUAUCUAUCUAUCUAUCUAUCUAUCUAUCUAUCUAUCAGUCCCUUUGUUAUCUGUCUACCCCAGUCCCUUCAUUAUUCAUCUAUCUCUCUAUGUAUCCUUCUAUCUCUGUCUCUUCCUUAUCUGUCUCUCUAUACCCAUCUAUCUAUCUAUCUAUCUAUCUAUCUAUCUCUCUAUCUAUUUAUCUAUCUAUCUAUCUAUCUAUCUAUCUUUGUUUGUUCAUUGUCUAUGUAUCUAUAUAUCUAUCUCAAUAUCUUCAUUAUCUAUGUCUUUUCAUUAUCUAUCAAUCUAUCUACCAAUACCAGUCUCUUCAUUAUCUAUCACAGUCUCUACAUUAUCUAUCUAUCUAUCUAUCUAUCUAUCUAUCUAUCUAUCUAUCUAUCUAUCUAUCUAUCUCCUUCUCUUCAUUAUACAUCUGUCUAUCUAUGUAUCCUUUUAUCUGUUCUCUCUCUAUCUCUAUCUAUCUAUCUAUCUAUCUAUCUAUCUAUCUAUCUAUCUAUCUGUCUGUCUAUUUAUCUAUUUCCUUUUCUUCCUUAUGUAUCUAUGAAUGUAUCUAUCUAUCUCAAUCUCUUUUAUUAUCUAUCUCUCUAUCUCAGUGUCCUCGUUAUAUACGUUUCUUCAUUGUCUAUGUAUCUUUAAAUCUAUCUAUUUUAAUCUCUUCAUUAUCUAUCUAUCUAUCUAUCUAUCUAUCUAUCUAUCUAUCUAUCUAUCUAUCUAUCUCAGUUUCUCCAUCUACCUCUGUUCAUUAUCUAUUUCAAUUUAUUUUUAUCUAUCUAUCUAUCUAUCUAUCUAUCUAUCUAUUUUCUUCAUCAUCUACCUAUGUCUCCUUCUUCAUUAUCUUUCUAUAUCAAUAUGUAUAUAUCUUUCUAUUUCAACACGUUCAUUUCUUUCUAUGCAUGUAUGUAUGUAUCUAUCUAUCUCUGUAUCUCUAUUUCAAUUUAUUAAUAAUCUAUCUAUCUAUCUAUCUAUCUAUCUAUCUAUCUAUCUAUCUAUCUAUCUAUCUAUCUAUCUAUCUAUCUAACUGUUCAUGUAUAGCUAUUCCAACUUUAACUUUAAUAUCUAUCUAUCUAUCUAAGUCACUUCAUAUAAAAAGUUUUUCUUAUGUUAGUCUCUUCAUGAGGAUCUGA